AUGGUUGUUUGUGCAACUAAUGCAGGAACAUCAGCUGCAAUCACAAAGAAAAGAGGCAAAAGUGAAAUCAUUACAAUUCCAGAAAUUAUUGAACGCUAUAAUAAACAUUUCCCGCACAUAAUGGUGCUUUUGCGCCAAAAGUUUGGAAGUGCUUAUCCUGUCAAUUCUGAAAAAAGUUGCAGUAUGAGUGGAGAUUUUGCGUCAGCAGUAGUCUCUUCGGUGCUGAAUCCAUGGAAUGCAGGAGUUAAAGCGAAGAUGGAAGCAUGGUGCAAUGGGUGAUGGCAUGGAGACAGCACAUGAUGAUCCAAAAUGUUAAAAAUUGAAGCAAACUGAAGAAAAUAA